AUGUUGCAUUUCAUCAAAAAGCACAGACAACUCAGAAAAAAUUAAGACAUCAACCCGCAGCCUGCAAAGACCCAUACAUGGUGCCUGAUCGCAUUACAGGAAGACAUGGUCUUCAAGAAUUACGUACACUGUGUCCUAAAAGACAAUGGAACUUUAUUGAGGUAAAUGUAACGAUGGAGGAGCUGCAAGAAAUGAGACAACUGAGGGUCAGUGACCUUGUCUACCCUCUGCAGACAGUCCUAGAUGAUAGCAUUGGAUGUGCAAUAUGGUUUGCUGCCAGGGGUCAUGGAAUACUUUAUUCAAAGGGUACAACAGAGACUGAUGGGAUACCAUACACAAGCAGGUCUAAGGUGGUACUGGUCGGCAUGGGUGCUGAUGAACAGCUUGCUGGAUAUUCAAGACAUAGAGGAAGAUACAAUUCUGAAGGUUUGCCUGGCUUAGUGGAGGAAAUAGAGAUGGAAAUACAGAGAAUAUCAGCAAGGAAUCUUGGUAGAGAUGACAGGAUUAUUUCUGACCAUGGAAGAGAAUCAAGAUUUCCAUUUUUAGAUGAGGAUGUGGUGUCAUUUCUAAAUAGUUUGCCAGUUAAUUUAAAGGCCAACUUAGAUCUUCCUCGUGGAAUUGGUGAGAAAUAUUUAUUGAGAGUUGCAGCUCGACUGUUGGGUCUGCGGGAAGCAUGCUUAUUACCAAAAAGGGCGAUACAAUUUGGAUCCAGAAUUGCUAAACUGGAAAAAAAUAAAGAAAAAGCAUCAGAUACAUGUCAACGUCUGUUAGAGUGAUACCUCAUAAACACAGUCAAUAACACAAUAAAAUAUUUAUAAUACAUCAUUGCACAUUGUAAUUAAUAUAAAACACCAUUUAAUAAUUCA